UAAUAUACAUACUACAAUAUGGUUCUACUGUCCAACAAAGUAUCUGGUAUACUGAAACCACCCCGCAGGCGGAACAAGCCUUCCUUGGUCUGUUCAAGUUGUAAGCGUAGAAAGAUUAAGUGUGAUCGAUCACUACCUUGUUCCUCAUGCGUAAAAAUGAGGGUUGGUCAUUUAUGUUCAUAUGAAACAAAAUGGCAUUCGGUAUCUGUUCAAAAUGGAGGUGAGGUUGUUAGUGGCCAAGAUACUGAAAUAUCUCGAUCCAGUAAUUCGACCCUGUCAUCUGAUACUGCACCAAAUGAAUUACUGAACUCGACUUUACCAUCAGACCCUCCUCUCCACAAAAAUGAAUCGAUACUCCCUUCCAAUGGAAUACAUGACCAAUACUUUCUUACCAAUAAAUUCCCAACUAUUAAACACAUCACAGAACCUCAGGCUGAAAUUCCCCGAGUGCAUCCAAUGGAGCCAGUGCAACCAGUACAAUCAUUACAAUCACUAGAACCUGUGCAACCAUUACCGCCCUUGGAAUCGUUACAAUCAAUGCAGCCUGUGCAACCGGUACAACCUGUGCAACCGGUACAACCUGUGCAAUCAGUCCAUCCAGUUCAUCAAGUUCAUUCAGUACAUCAAGUUCAACCUGUGCAGCCUGUACAACCCAUGCAGCCUGUGCAACCUGUGCCCCUCACACAACAUGUUCCACUCCCAGCUAUUCCCUCUGACAAUCGUUCAGAAUCCUUGAAGGAUACAACUUUUGGCUAUAAUCCUAUUGGAUCUCUUGAAGACACAAUCAACUUCUAUGAAAAUUAUUCUCCAUUCCAUGUGAAGCAACCAAUGCGUAGGACAAAUUAUGGACCGUUGUCAUGGUGUGUGUUUAUGAAAAAGGACCCUUGGCUUCAUCUUUUAUGGAAACACACAAUCGCACAAGAUAAAAAGAGUCAAAGUUUUUGUGUGUUUUCCGGCCCAGCAGAAGUUAAUAAUCAAAACAUCGACGACCUUAAUGCCGAUGUUGAUGUAUCUACUAUUGCUGGCCUUGAGAAAACAUUCCGUAAAAGAGCGUUGGAAACCGACGGAUUGGAUGAUGUGGUUCCAUAUAAUGAUUUACUAAAGGCAAAAGCCCGAAGUUUUAAAUUCGAACACUCAGAAUUAAAUCAAAGUACUGUCACCCUAGGUCAGACAUUAUUUCAAGGAAGGUCAAGAUUAGACCUGGAAUUACUUUUGAUUGACAAGAUAAAGGCCAUCUUACCAAAUAAAAAAGUUAUAUGGAAACUAUUGGAUCGAUUCUUUAAUUACCUUUACCCUAAUAUGCCAUUUUUAGAUGAGAUUAAUUUUAGAGCAAAUCUUGCAAGAAUCUUGGGGGCUGAAAGUUAUGAAGAUGUACCAGUUACAGAACUCAAAAUUGAAAAUAAGCUUGAUUUUGCCCAUUUAAGUACAUUUUGCUUUUUACUUCGAUUGACGUAUAUUUCAUUAUUUGAUAAUCGGAAUUCAAUGAAUGAACUGAUUAUGAUGUCAACUGAUCAAUCGGAAGAAAUACAAGAUUUACAAUACUUAUUAAGUCAUCCAAUUAAUUUGGUUGUGGUUGAAGUAGCAAAACUUUGUCUUGAUCGAUUCCAACCGGCUAGAAAGCUGAAUUUUGCUGUGUUCCAAUCUUGUUUAUUCCAUAGAUUGUAUCAUACAUAUGCACCUGAAGAAGGAGACGGUCAUGAUGGAGGUGAUUCCCUGGUUUCGACGGCUAUGCUUGUUCAAAUAGCUAUAUCGUUGGGAUUGAACCGUGAACCAGAUAAAUUCUCGGAUGCAUGCAACGAUGAAAGGGACAAUCUGUUGGGCAGAAAAAUGUGGUGGUAUUUGGUUAGAGAAGAUCUUACGGCGUGUUUGAGUUUGGGAAAUCAAACUUCUAUGGCCCCAAACCAUUAUGAUACAAGAGAGCCAUUUUAUCGUGAUGGUAACUCUAAUGUGAAGAAGCUUGAUAUUGAGCUUGCUACUCUUCAAAUCUACCAAUGGUUUGACAAACGCGUUGAUCGCAUGAGACGUUUGGUUGAUAUGGUAAUGGAUAUUACUGGAAGACUGAAAUUAAUCGAUCUCACUCAUAUUAUUGGUAGUUUUGAACGAGACGCAAAUGUUGACGAAGGAAUGUUUGGAGCUCCUAUUUUCAAAGAAAUGACUACAACGGAGAAUAUGAAAAGAGCAUUUGAAAGUACGAGAGUUAAAAUAUCCUUAUAUUUGAAAAAUUCCCUAAUAUCUUUACUAUUCCAUAUUUUUCUUUACUAUGAAGCGAAAGGGAACCAAGAGCUUUCAUUCUUUUAUCUGAAAAAGAUUAGCUGUAUAUCGUGUUUCUUUAUUGUUCCACAUGCAUAUGAUAUACUAUGUGGGAAGUAUAGUAAUAAUGGAUUCCGACUUAAUCCAUUCCUAUUGAUGGCCAUGCACAAAGCAAAUCAAGCAAAUCUCGCUUGUGCAAUUAGAGUCGGGUAUAUGGUAUACAGUAUGGAAAAUGAACCUAAACAUAUCGAUUCACUCAUGGAUGCUGGGUAUAAUAAAAGCUUUAAUAAGUUAGAAAAUUUGCUUCAAUCGUAUAUUCGUUGUGGUGAGCUUUUCUCUGCAACUAUAACAAAACUCGCUACUCGAUAUUAUUAUGCAUGGAGAAUUUCAAAAGCACAUUCAUACUUAUUUGGAAUUUUAAGAAAUAGAGAAUUCUUUAAACUUUUACCCGUUGAAUCUGAAAUAUGUCACAAGUUUACUGAUCAACAAUUGGAUGAAAUGUUAAGAAUUAAAAAGGCAACUGCUAGGGGCCUUGAAAAGAUUGUAUACUUUGAAGAUAAGGCAGGUUCACCAAAGAACUUUUCUACCUCUCUGUCUCAUGUUUCUUCUGAAUCGACGCCACCAGAUAUUCAAUUCCCACAAGAAGAUAUUGAUCUGAUGUGGUUACUGGUGCUUGCAAUGAAAUAUAGUCCUGGUGAAACGGGUCCAGUACUUGGGAACGAACUUAAUACGGGUCAGUCAGUGCCCAGUGUGUCAGCUGAAGGUAAUGCUGGAGUCACCAAUGAUUUCAGUAAAUAUGCUUCACCUGGACAUAUUGAAAGUGGAUGGUCGUACGAUUACUUUUUAGGUCAUCCGUUAGAUGAAAUUCUUUAGAUUUAGUGUACUAUAAUUGUGGUGGACAGUGUUCUACAAAAACAUUUUAUGACAAAAAAAAAAACAAAAGGUAGGGGGCGUUAAUAUUCUCUAUAUGUAUUAAUAAAUUUUUAUUAUUCAAAGUAU